AUGUCCAGGCCCGGCGAGCCGUCGUCGGGGACUCGCCUCCUCCACGGCGACCUCGACCUCACCAUCCACGAGGCGCGGGGCCUGCCCAACAUGGACUUCCUCUCCAUGCUCCUCCGGCGCGUCUGCCUCCGCCGGCCGCCGGCGCCCAGCCCCACCCGCGGCUCGGUCCCGGGCGACGAGGGUUACGGUGACGCCCUCCGCCGCCGCCACUCGCACGGGCACCGCCUCCUCCCGACGUCCGACCCCUACGCCACCGUCGUCGUCGCCGGCAGCGCGCUCGCGCGCACCCACGUCGUCCGCAACUCCGAGGAGCCCAAGUGGUCCACCCGCGUGCUGCUCCACCUCGCCCACGAGGCCGCCGGCGUCGUCUUCCAGGUCAAGGACGCCGACCCCUUCGGCGACGACCACAUCGGCGCCGCCUUCCUCCCCGCCGACAGGGUCCUCGCCGCCACGCCCGACAAGCGCCCCAUCGUCCGCGAGGAGCUCCCGCUGCUCCGCCCCGACGGCCGCGGCCGGCCCAAGCCCAACUCCGCUAUCUCCAUCUCCGCCUCCUUCACCCCAGCCAGCAAGCAGCACUACACCGACAGCGGCGGCAUCCCGGCGUACUUCCCGCCGCGGCGCGGGUGCGAGGUGAAGCUGUACCAGGACGCGCACGUGGCGGGCGGCGAGGUGAGCGGCGUGCGCCACGUAGGGGCGUUCGAGCCGGGGCUGUGCUGGGAGGACAUGUGCCUGGCGGUGCUGGGCGCGCAGCACCUGGUGUACGUGGUGGGGUGGUCGGUGAACACGGGCGUGCGGCUGCUGCGGGAGGCGAUGUCGCCGGAGAUGGCGGCGAAGGCGGCGGAGGUGCAGAGCCUCGGGGGCGUGGCGGUGGAGGCGAUGACGCUGGGCGAGCUGCUCAAGUACAAGUCGCAGGAGGGCGUCCGCGUCUGCGUCCUCGUCUGGGACGACAACACCUCCCACGACAAGUUCUUCCUCAAGACUGCUGGCGUGAUGCAAACACGUGACGAGGAGACGAAGAAGUUCUUCAAGCACUCGUCGGUGAUCUGCGCGCUGUCGCCGCGAUACCCCAGUAACAAGCUCAGCAUGGCCAAGCAGAAGAUCAUGGGGACGAUGUACACGAACCACCAGAAGUGCCUGCUCGUCGACACGCCGGCGUCGGAGAGCACCCGCCGGAUCACGGCCUUCCUCGGCGGCCUCGACCUCGCCUCCGGCCGCUACGACACGCCCGCCCACAGGCUCUUCGACGACCUCGACACCGUCUUCUCCGGCGACGUCUACAACCCCACGUUCCCCGGAGACGCGGCGGCGGCGAGGGGCCCGCGGCAGCCGUGGCACGACAUGCACUGCCGCGUGGACGGGCCGGCGGCGUACGACGUGCUGGAGAACUUCGAGCAGCGGUGGAGGAAGGCGACCAAGCUGCGCAGCAUGUUCGCCGGGGCGUCGCUGCGGCGCCGGUGGAAGGACGACUCCCUGCUCAAGCUCGAGCGCAUCCCGUGGAUCCUCAGCCCCUCCGGCACCCGCCCCCGCUCCGGCGACCACCGCCACCUCUCCGACACCGCCGCCGCCGACGACCCCAUGCUGCCCCACCUCUAUGCGCUGCCCGAGGAUGACCCCAGAUGCUGGCAUGCUCAGGUGUUCCGGUCAGUGGACUCCGGUGCAGUGACAGGGCUCCCACGUUGCUGGCAUACAACAACGAUGUGGGAGAAGCAGGUGGUGUGCGAGGGCGGUAGGCUGGUGGUGGAUCAGAGCAUCCACACGGCGUACGUCCGGGCGAUCCGGUCGGCCAAGCGCUUCAUCUACAUCGAGAACCAAUACUUCAUCGGCUCCUCCUACGCAUGGCUUUCCUACAAGAGUACAGGUGCUAUCAAUCUGGUGCCUAUGGAGAUCGCGCUGAAGGUGGCGAGCAAGAUCUCCGCCGGCGAGAGGUUCGCCGCGUACAUCGUCAUCCCGAUGUGGCCGGAGGGGACGCCCACGUCGGGGCCCGUCCAGGAGAUCCUCUUCUGGCAGAGCCAGACGAUGCAGAUGAUGUACGGCGUGGUCGCCGCCGCGAUCGAGGAGGCGAUCACGAAGAAGAAGCUGCGCAGCACGGCGCGCCCGCGGGACUACCUCAACUUCUACUGCCUCGGCAAGCGGGAGGCCGCCGCCGCCGCCGCCGCCGGCCCCUCGCCGGACGACGGCACGGCCACCGCGCAAGCGCGGAGGCACCGGCGGUUCAUGAUCUACGUGCACUCCAAGGGGAUGAUCGUCGACGACGAGUACGUCAUCGUCGGCUCCGCCAACAUCAACCAGCGGUCGCUCGCCGGGUCGCGCGACACCGAGAUCGCCGUCGGCGCCUAUCAGCCGGCGGCGCGCGGCGGCGGCCAGGUACACGGCUACAGGAUGUCGCUGUGGGAGGAGCACCUGGGCGGCCUCGAGUGGCCGGAGCUGGAGUCGCCGGAGACGCCGGAAUGCGUCGAGCUGGUGAACAGGAUAGCCGACGAGAACUGGCGCCGCUACUCGUCCGAGGACGCGCUCCCCGUGCAGAUGCAGGGGCACCUCAUCAAGUACCCGGUGGCCGUCGGCGACGACGGCAAGAUCAGUGCUCUCCCCGGUCGGGAGUUCUUCCCCGACGUCGGCGGCAAGAUCCUUGGCUCCACCAACAAUUACCUUGAUAAUCUCACCAUGUAGCUUGCAUGCAUGAAGCCGCAUUAUAUAAAUAUGUGUUUGUCAUGGGAGUUUCGGAAUUAUCGAUUUGUAAAUUGUUCAUUGGUAGUGCAUUCUACUCUACUCGUCAAACUGUGCAUUCUACAUAGAGGCAAAGUUUUUUUUAAAAUGUUAUUAGC